GAGACAGCAUAUUACAUGGGAAAGGGCUAGCGAAUAAAACUGAUCAGCUGACAGCGACGCCUACAACAUCUCGCACCAUAUGUAUUCUCGAGACAUCGCCAUCCAGUCAUACUAUGUGAGACUGGGUAAGGACAAGGAGCCAACGUCAGAUUUGCUGAGAUACUUCACCAUGAUAUGUCUUGCUGUACCUCUUGACCGCUACUGCUUCAGGCUUCAUGCGAUCGCCAUCCGUCCACGAUUGCUGCCCAAGCGCCAGAAACUAUUCGUGCUUUUCGAUGCGGUCGGGCCAAGUCCUUGCAUUAUGGCAGCAGCUACAUUUAACCACGGAGCAUCGCACAGAUACGCUGCUCUGGAUGGCUUAUGGUGGUGGUGACUUAUACCUUGCUAGGUUCCUAUACUGGCAGUUCUCUGAAAGCCGGGCCAGCAAUGGACAUGCUGGUCUGUCAAACUUACCAUCGUCGUUACACAUCUACAGCUACGGAGGCGAAACAUCAUCCCAAACCCCUCGAGACCGCUUCUCAAAUAGCCUUAUUCGACGCCGAUUCACAGUACACCACAACUCGGAGAAGCGAAAUAGACCAUUGUUUUACGGUCAAACGCCGUCAGCGUGCUACCUAUAUCGUGCUUGAAGCAGAGAGCCCGCCGUGGGGUAUUCCGAAAUUGUCACAUUGCCGCC